GAUAAAAUAGUUAUUUUCCUUUUUUUCAAUACUAUGCUUUCAUCAAUAUGAUCUUAAUAAAUUUAUUAAUUCAAAUAUCUAGAUAUACAAUCCAACCUAUGAUAAGUCAUACAAGAUGCAACAUCAAAAAAGAAUUAGCCACGAUCAAUUAGAUUUACAAAAAAAUUAUAUCUCUAGCUCUUUAAAACAAUCUUAUAAAUCAAGAAGAUUAAUGGACAAGAAUCAAAUUAAAUCUUUAACGUUUCCGAACACUAUAAAUUCAUUAGACAGUAAAUAUUAUUCGCAGAAAAAAAUCAUUAAUUAUUAUAAAGAAUCCUUUCCUAUUUCUACAUUAGAAUUAUGUAACAAUGAACAACAAAAUCAGAAAGCACAUAAAAAACCAUCUGAUAAAGCCCAAUCUUCUACUAAUAAAAACACUUUACUUGAUAAAAAUAAAAAUGCAUUACAUAAAUCCAAGAUGUCACUGCCAAUGACUCCAAAUAUUUUUCAAGAGAAAGAAAGAACAAAUAUAAAUUAUAUUAAAUCUGUGAUAUCGAAUCUAAAUCAUAUAGAAAACAAGAAUCUACCCAAAACUGCUGAGUUAAUGUUUUUAAAAAUGAAUUCUAACAAUAACAAAGAUUUAUUAAUUCCUCCAAUGUACCAAUCAUUUUUUUGCAAUUUUAUUACACCUGGGUUACACUCUAAUAAUAAUAGAAAAGAAGAUGUUAGAGUAAAAAAUAAAUUGUAUACCAGUUAUAGCGAGCAUAUGGUGAAAAUUGUAAAUUAUGAAAACGAAACGCAAUUGUUACAAAUGUACUAUCCUAAAGUGUGUAAUUUAAAUUAUAGUAUAGAAGAAAAAAAAGGCAUAAAAAGAUCAAUGAGCGCAAUCCAAUAUAAUAAAUCUACCCAAUGCAUUUCCAAUAUAAAAACUAGUAAUUCAAAUUUGCAUAUGGCACAAAAUAAAUUUAACAAUCUACAGAAUAACUCAUACAAAGUUCUAUAUUCUUUAGAAAAUAUUAAUCGUACAUCUAUGCCUGAAAAAAGUGCUUGCUUAAUUAGAGCAUGUCAGGUAGAAGAAAACAAACGAUACAUGGAAGCUGAAUACGACUGUAAAAUAAAAUAUUCAUGGCAGAUUAUAGGCACAAGCUCGCAAACUUCAAAAGUUUUGUUAGAUAACAUUCUAGAAGAAAAUCAAAGCCCAUUUUCUAAUAAUAAUAAUAAUAAUAAAUGUGAAAUUAAAUACUCUUGGCAAAUCAUAGGUACUGGAACACAAGUAGCAUUGGAAAAUAACAACGAUGCAGAUUAUUGGAGCGGAGUAAUAUUUUCACCCAAUAUUCAUCGAUAUGAAAACACUGUUAUUGAUGAGAACAAUAAAAAGACUUACAACUAUAAUGGAUUGUGUGAAAAACAAGCGUGUAGAAAAAAAUGUCUAAUUUUAAAUAAUCAAUAUACUCAGACACUCGCAGAAAAAAAAAUUCAAACUGAUGUCCUCGAUUGUAAAGCAAAAUAUUCAUGGCAAAAUUUAGUCUCACAACAUUUGUAAAUUAAGGAUGUUCUCUAAUCCCUACAUAAAAAUAUCCAAAAUGGAAUAAACACUUGAAUAACACAAUGAAUCAAAGUAUA